CUCUUUCUCUGUCGUCACGUUUAGAAGUGCCCGAGUGCAGACACUACUACAUUGCUAUUUAUCCUGCAGUUCUGGUCGCAGCCAAGUUGCAACUCAACAAAUCGUGAAUUUUUUUCCCGACUGUGUACCAAUUCAGCCUCGAGAACCGCCUUUUUGAUCGGGAACAAAAUUUUAACAGAGUAACAGAUAGUUCAAAAGAAGCUCUUCAUCAUGUCAAAUCCGUCUGCUGAUAGUGCUUUCGCCAUGGACGACAUUUAUCGGGCCACAACAACAAGUAUACCAAAUGUUUCGCGAAAUGUGCUGGGCUCGUUGAAAACCUUCGUUGGAGCUGGAGGCAACGACCCAGAUGAGAAAGAGGCCUUCCUGGAUCUUAAACCAUUAACCAGAAGAGGCCCGCCCGCCGAAGUCGGUGAUGAUAUCGAACUGAAGGCAGUCCAGUUGCAGUUCCCAUCGGCUCGCACGUUGGAUAAGAACAACUCUCUUUACCAGGAAGAACGGAUCGAAACAGGAAGAGGCACACUGCUCGUUGCUAUACAAGGCGAUCGAACUCAGCCUGCCAUGAUCACGUACCACGAUUUAGGACUUAAUCAUGUGGCCAACUUCCAGGCAUUUUUUAACUUUUCAGAGAUGCGUAUUCUUGCCCAAAAUUUUUGCUUGUAUCACAUCAAUGCCCCAGGCCAAGAGGAAGGUGCGGCCACAGUACCAGAGGGAUAUGUUUAUCCCACUAUGGAGGAAUUAAGUGAGCAGAUAAGUGACGUGAUGCUAUAUUUUAAUCUUAAAUCAUUCGUUGGUCUCGGAGUUGGUGUCGGAGCCAACAUUUUGGUGCGCUUUGCUCUGUCUCAUCCUGAGAAGGUGGACGCGCUGUGCUUGUUGAACUGCGUCUCAACAACAGCCGGAUGGAUUGAAUGGGGUUACCAAAAGUUGAAUGCUAGGCACUUGCGUGCAAAAGGCAUGACGCAAGGUGCCCUAGAUUAUCUGAUGUGGCACCAUUUUGGGCGAUUAACGGAGGAGCGUAAUCACGACUUAGUUCAUGUUUAUCGUGAAUACUUCGAACAUCACGUCAAUCCAAUGAAUUUGGCAUUGUUUAUAGAUUCAUACAUUCAACGAACAGAUCUAAAUAUCUUACGCGAGCUAGACCCGAAUCGGCGAGCGUCAGUCCGAACCGUGGAAGUGCCUGUUUUGAACAUGACCGGAGCACUUGGUCCUCAUGUUGAUGAUACGGUCACAUUUAACUCGAGAUUGGAUCCAUCAACUUCAACCUGGAUAAAACUCCAAGAUUGUGGAAUGGUUCUCGAAGAACAACCAGCAAAAAUUGUUGAGGCUCUCCGACUAUUCCUUCAAGGAAACGGUUACGCCCUGAAGCUAUCCCGGAAGCCGUCAGCCUCGCCUUCUGAAGAUUUCAGUGUUGGCGGUUAAGAUCCCCUGGCUACAGCCUAGACGAUGUCCCUAGUACCAUCUCCAAGAUUAUUGGGCGACAUUUACAAUUGUUAAAAAACUGAUUCCACACUUUCAUUUCAAACGUGUUCGAUGUAGUAAAAUUUUAAUAACAAUAGUUGUCUUUUCCGUUUAAUUUCUUUUCUUUUAACCCAGCAAGAAAACGGGAAUCCCAAAUAAUGAUUCAUUUACGUUGGCCGCCUUUCAAAAUUAUUUAAAUGUGUUGCGUUACCACAGCAUAAAUAAGCAUGAAGACAAAACGCAGGACUGUUUCAGAAAUAAA